AUGGGUGCGAAAGUCCCGCGCAACUUUCGCCUGCUCGAAGAGCUCGAGAAGGGCGAGAAAGGCCUAGGAGCAGAGGCAUGCUCCUACGGUCUCGACGAUGGCGACGAUAUUACCAUGACCAACUGGAACGGCACCAUCCUCGGGCCACCUCACAGCGUCCAUGAGAACCGCAUCUACUCCCUCCAGAUUGUCUGCGGACCGAAUUACCCAGAGUCGCCGCCCGAGGUGACGUUCAUCAGCAAGGUCAAUCUGCCUUGCGUGGAUCAGCGGACUGGAAAGGUGGACCUCACGAAGCUCCCGAGCAUCAGCGUGUGGAAGCGAGACUUCACCAUGGAGACGGUCCUCAUCGAGAUACGGCGAUACAUGGCAGCGCCGGCCAACAAGAAGCUCCCACAACCACCAGAGGGCACCAACUUCUAG